ACAUGCGUGGUAGUUUACCUUUACACAAAAUGACUAAGAAUCGAAAACUGUGAAUUUCGAAGUUUACCUUUAACUUUAUUCUCCUGAUUGCAUUUUAUGAUUUGUUAAUGAGUUAAUGUUUGCCCAGCGCAUCUGGAGAAAAUAUUUCAAGAAAACAUGGAUAGUGACCAGAGACCUGGAACAAAUGAUGAGUUAGACAGCUGUGUUCCAGACAUUUGCUCAUAUGAAGAGUAUGACCAUGUUAAGGCAAAGCAGAGAGCAUCCGUGUUAUGGCUGGUAUCUAAGGCUUACAACAACAAGGUUCCUCCAGACCUGAAGGAACCAUACUACAGAGAUCAUGAGGAGAAAUAUCAGUUGAAGCCACAGAUUAUUCAGAAACUAGCCAGUGCUGAACUCUAUUGUUUGGCACUAGCAAAUAUAUAUGCUGACCCUAACUAUCAUAACUUAGACCAUCACGGGAUCCAGCAAGCUUUGAUGAGGAAGAUGGUGUUUGUAAAUGGACCUCCUGAUGCACCACUCACAGAAACAGUUUUAUUACAGACAGCACCUUUUCGAAUGAGUGCUCAUAUGGCUGUAAUAGAUGGAAUUAUGGCACUGUAUAUUAAAGAAAUUCUUAUUCCAGAAAAAGUGGUAGAUGUUUGCAGGAGGUUUUCCUCGGUCCUUGUUCCUGAUGAAGUCCCUGAAGACCCCGAAGAUGCUGCCAUCCUGUGGUUGAACAAAUGUUGUACUAAAAUGAGAUGGAGGAUUGAAGGUGAACUUGGCUCAUAUCACACUUCACAAAAAUCUUCUUAUGAGCAACAGAAAAUAGUUCCAUAUAUUCCAAUUAUAGAAGACCUUGCAGAUUUAUGUGAUGGUUGCAGUUUAAGUUCUUUGCUUAGCUUCUACUGUCCUAAUUACCUUCACUGGAAAGAAAUCUGUCUUCUUGAACCUAUGAAUUUGUCAGACUCUGUAUACAACCUGCAGCUGAUAGAACAGUUCUGUACUCAAACCCUUCCCCAUGAUAUCUAUUUUCUAACUCUGGAAGACAUGUUGUACAUGCAUUCCUCCUUACGACAGAAUGUUCUGGCCUUCAUAGCUGAUCUUAUGUUCCUAUUUGAAAUUAGGCCAGCAAAGUGUGUCAUUCGACCAGGAAUCAUAGAAGAGCAAAAGUUUUCUGUUGAAGGACCAGUUGCACCUCGAAGACGAAGCCGACCAAGUCCAAAGUAUCCAUCAACAACUUUAGUAGCUCACCAGUCAUGGAGUCACAUUCCAGGGUUACAUGACUUUGCUCAUUCAGGUAGUCUUCCAGAUUUAAACAGGCCCAGUCCUUGGACUGAUGGAGAUUGGACAACUUUAGAAAGAUCACCCAAGAGACAGUCUAGAGACCAAAGGGUUUCAGCAACAAUUCUACCUUCUACUCUUCACCGCACACAGUCGGCUGAUUUUCAAGCUAAACAGAGACUUGACAGAAAAGGCUUACAGUAUAAUGCUGUGGAGAAAGCAAUUGGAGGUAGAAGAUGUCCUUCAGAUGAAGAAGAUGACUUAGAAGGAUACUAUGAGAAAAAACCACUUGGGCAUAAGAAAGGAGGAAUUGGAGAAGAGCAAAAAGGCUAUGAAAGAGUUAGUUGUACACCUAGUAGUGAACCAGAGCUGAGAAAAUCCAUCGAGUUAGAUAAAAACUACCCUCAGAAGAAGUACAGUCCAAAUAAUAGUGACUUUUAUUACAAACAACACACUCCAUAUAAAAUGAGCAUUAAUAAACCCCAAGGUAACAGAGAAAACAUUGGACUAAGAGAUUAUUAUAACCAGCUAGCUUCUGAGGCAGAAUUAGAAGAGUUAGGUGAGGCAGAUGGAAAUAUAGAUCAUGGUAUUAAUAGGUUAUCUGAUCAGAAAGACCAUUAUAGUGACAUGACUGAUGUUCACAAGGACAAUAUACAAACUACUAGUUUUGCACAGUUGUCCAAGUUGAAGGAGAACCAGAGGAAUCCGGUCAAUAUUGUAUACAUGCAACAAGAAGGUGAUAGUAGAGGAAUGGUUGGAAGUAAAAACCUAGGAAAGAGUAGCCUGAAUAACAUGAAAGAUAAUCCUCUUGAAGAAGAAGAAAAAGUAACUACUUCAUUUGCUCCAGCCAAUGCAGUUAAAACCACUUGGCUGCAACAGUGCCAACAACCCAUUCGUGGAAAUGUUUCCCCACAAGGUGAGUCUGAUGGAACUACUCCCAUUAAUGGCUCAGAAAAUGCUUUAGCUUCUCAGUUGUUAAACAUUCGCUUGGCUCUUGAAGAGAGGAGGAGAAAAAUUGAACAAGAUAAGAAACAUAUGGAAGCUCUGUGGAAGAGACAUAGACAGAAAUUAGGUAAAGCUGCAUUUCUACAAGCAGUCUCCAAAGGUGUUGCUGGUAGUCCUGAUAGUGGCACUGGAAAAGAAGAGGCUGUUGUGGAAACACCUUCUUCAACAGGAGACACAAAAGUGGAGGUUUCAAGAGGUAUAAGCAGGCAGUUAUCUGCACAAGAGCUGGAAGAGGACUUAGAAUCUGUGAAGGAAAAGUGGUUGAAUCAAAAUGGAACACAGCUCGAAACUACAGAAGUUGCAGAUGAAGAAAAUUUAAACCCUGAAAUUUUCCAAAAGUCAAUAGAACAGAUUAAUAACAGCUUGACAGAAUUGCAGGCAGACAUUACAAGGUUAUCACAACAACAAAAUAUAAUUCAGCAGUCAGAUAAAAAAAAGAUCGUACCUGCACCUGGAAUAGAACCUUUCUCUAUUCAUGGCCAAGAGCCAUUUCAACAAUCUCAGCAAAAAGUACAACCUGUCCUACUUCAACAACAAUUCCAAAAGCCUGAUCAAGUACAGACACAAUUCCAACAUCCCCAGGAAAGAUUACAUGGCCAUCCAACACAACAAGACUUUCAACAUCCUCAACAAAGAUUACCUCCUGACCAAAUACAAAUGCAAUAUCAGCACCCUUUCAAACAUAUGCCAUCCCAACAAAUGUUGGAAAUGAGGAGAGGUCAGUGGGCAGAUAUAGUACGUCCAGACAUGAUUGGGCAAUUAUUUACCAAUCAGCAACAGCAGCCAAAUAUUUCUUCUCGCCGUGGUCAGUGGGGCCAACCAGUGGUACCCGGAAUGCCACAGCAACAUCAGUGGCAGCCUCCUCCAGUAAUGAUGUCUGGACAUCCAUUCAUGGAUAAACAAACACAAGGAUUUUCUUUGCAACCAGCACAAAUUAACUAUGAAUAUUCUGGUUACCAAAAUGGAUUGGUGGAAAUUACAGGUUCAGAUGAGCAGAGUUAUCAACCUUAUACUGGUAUUACAGGUCCUGUGCAGUAUCGAGGAAUGGCAUAUCCUUUAACCUCCACAUCACUAGCCAACCUUUCACAACAACAGCAGCCAUUUCAGCUACAUGACCAACCACAUUCUUUAAUGCCUAAUUAUUUUCCAAACCAGAUGAUGUCACAAGUACAGCAAACUCCUUCAGAAACAACUCUGCCAGUGUCAGAUGUUGUGCAGAAGGAUCCUAAACAAAUAGUGGAGGUAGGGAUACCAGCUGCCCAACUGUAUGAGCCUAUAGCUCAGACACUAGAAGUUGAUGAAUUUGGACGUCCAGUUAAAGGUAAUGAAGAACAACUUUCUUCUUCUCCUAGUCGACCACAAAUAGGUAAAACUUUUAGAAUUCACAAGCCUAAAGUUGUUUCUCCCCCUACUCCCAAGACUGAUGCAGUUCCUGUAGAAACAAAGCAACUUCCUUCACAACCGAUUAAAAACGUAGACGUUGCAGAUAAAGGAUUUUACAUUUCAUUUAAUGAUGCUCAGCCUAAAAAACCAAAACCAAAGUUACGGCCACAUUCUUCGAAAUCACAGGAAUCCAGUUCAAAAAUGCAGUUUUCCAAACCUCAAGACUUAAAGCCAUCUUCAUCAAGAGGGGAAGCCCGGAUAACUGAUUCAUCACAUCAUAAAAUUGAAACUUUGGAAGCUGCAACGAAAAAGCCUGCUGAAUCUAAUAAUACUCUUGCCAAGGUCCAACAUCAAAACAGUGAAAAAGAUGCAUCUGGUGUGGGGUUCAUUAUAGGAGCUGACUUGGUUCAUCCUAAUCCAGAUGCUGAAACUGAAAUGCAGAAAAAGAAGGAGGUGAUCAUGAUGAUGUCUUUGAAGCGUAGAGCAGAGCAGGAAAAAAAACGAAUAGCUAAAGAAAAUGAAAAUGCAAAGAAAAAAGAACAAGAAAUAAUUAAAAAAGAGAUACAAGAAAAGAAGAAAGAAGAAGAAAAGAUGAGGAGAGAGAAAAUCCUUGAGCAGUACAGGCAGAGAAAAGAAUUAGAAGAAGCAGAAAAAAAUGGACUGCUUCUUCCAAGUGGAUCUAGUGGAACAGGAUUUUCUCCUUACCACAAUGCUUCAAGUAGGAGUGGAACCCUUUCUAAAAGUAAAUCCAGCAGGUCUACUUCUGCUUCCAGACCUCGACCUAAGUCAGUUCAUGUUGGUAACCUCAGUCAAGAACCGUCAUCUUUUGAGAGUUUUGAUGUAGCACGUGUUGGAAGAGGAUCACAUAACAACCUUCCACCAGAGGAUGUUGACCAAGAAGACAUUGACUCCUUGUAUGGUUAUGGUGCACCUCCAAGACCUCAAGUCACAAGUCCCAGUCGUAGUUCUUACUAUGACUCCCGACAUCCACCUUCCCCAAGUCAAGCCCCUUCUUCAUUUUCACCAGGUUUGCCAAGUGGACGUAGUAAGGGUUCAGGUCCCUCAAGUGAUGGGGCAUCUGAUGCUGGCUCUACGUCAUCAGCAGUUACCUCUGAAUUCUUAGGUCCUAAGCUGUUUGUGAAGCCCACUUCCAAGUCUAAUAGAGGCAUAAUUACAAAUGCUGUAAACACAGUUUUGGCUGGGGCUGUAAAUGCUGAAACAAAGAAAAAAGUUUUGGAGGCCAUCAAUAUUUCCAACAGCAAACAUUUUUUGAUCCUGUUCAGAGAUUCUGGUUGCCAGUUUCGAGCUAUCUACUCUUACAACCCUGAAAGAGAAGACAUCUUUAAACUUUAUGGAACUGGGCCUAAAGUCCUCGGUGACCCCAUGAUGAAUGGGUUCUACAAGUACAACUCAGGAGGAAAGUGCUUUACUAAAGUACACACAAAACACCUUACUGUGACCAUUGAUGCAGUGACAUUACAUAACAGCAUCUGGCAGGGAAAGAAAGGAAUGCCCCCCAAAAAAGACAUGCUGUAACAACAAUCAACAGUUAGGUUACAACCUGCCAAGUGCCAAGAUCAACUAAGUUCUGUGAUGUGUAGAGUUGCAAGUGCCCAGUACUAUAAUUAUUUCUUUAGUGACAUUGCUUUGUAAAUAAUGUGCCGGAGCUGAUUAACAUUCCGUAUACUAGGCUUGUGAGAAUCUCCCACUGACAACUCUGUUUCUUCUUAGGGCUCAUUACAUUUAAUAAUGCUUUAUAUAGUAAUAUUAUUAAUAUUAUCACUUCAUUUCAUCAGAAGACAACGAUAUUACUCCCGAUUGUAUAAAUGUUGUGCCCUAGUUUGAAAGUUGGCUUCCACCAGCUGGUUUUCUCUAUUCCUGUGCCAAGCUAGUUUUUACAUGGACAACACAUUGUGUAGUUAAUAUUAAGACAGUCAUUACACAAGGCUUCUUAUACUAAUUUAGUGUUCCAAAGUAACCUUGAUUUCCAGCACCUAUUAUGAACUGCAUAUUUUUUUCUCAAAAGUGUUAAACAGUAGUAAGUUAGAGUAGCUGGUCUUCUCAUUUCAUUAUUUUCCCUAUUUAUACUUUACUGAUGGAGUAUUUAUAACUGUUAACAUUUCUGUGGUGCUUUUAUCUUUCUCAGCCAACAUUUCUUGAAGGUGACCUGUGGGAAGGAAUCUAAAAAUGUGAAUAUCUGUUUGUAUGUUAAAAAAAUCUACAUGUAAGCUAAGCUUAUUUUCUUGGACCAACUUGUGUUCUUGCAAAACAAGUUACUUUUGUACUGUGUGUAUAUAACCAGUUUUUAUUAAUGAGCCCUUUAGCAUAAGUUUGUUUAAUUAAUAAGUAUAAUGGUUCUCUUAAGGCAAAAUACAUAGACUUAACAUUGUUCUGCUAUUUUGUCACUAAUUUUAAACUGUACUUUGAUUUUUAUGUCAUGCAGAGACAUUUUUUUUUAUUUUUUACAUGGAUUUUUUAUUUUUCACUAAAAAUACAAAAUUGGUUUUAGUCUAAUUUCCUUUUUGUAUUAUCAACCUACAACUUCAUAUUGAUUACAAGUCAAGCCUUAUGAAAUUGAAGAUUCAAGUGUUAGUUUUAUAUUACAGCUUAAGCCUCAAUAAUAUGUUUAAUCUUAUGCCUAAUUAAAGGAGUAGUACCAGCAUACAUAAUAAAAUUUAGCUAGUAGACAUGUUAAAUACUAUGUUAAGCUCUUACAUUCAACAAAACUUUCUGAUAUUUACUUUUUGUUUACAUAAGUAUCCUAUGAAUAACAGUUCCAGAGUAAUAAUAUUCUUAAUUAUUAAGCCUCAUCUUUUACACCAGCUGUUUUGGUGCUAUUCAAGUUUAUAUCAUCUUGAUGGCCUUUUCAGAUGCAUGAAAUAUUUUUUUGCACUUUAUCUCUGGAAAGUAUGGCAUUUUAUAUAUUUAUUUCAAUUGUAUAGCCAUAAAAAAUAACAAAAUGAUGCUCAUAUUGUAUGCUAGAUCUAAUAUGACCUCCUUUGGAUUUUAUAGAAAAAUUGUAACUAAAAAAAAAAAAAGUAAAUAAAUGAAUAAAAUAAAACAUUUCUGAAAUUUAUAUUUUAUGUCUGACCUAUUUAGAAAUAUUUUGGUAAUUUAGCAAAACUGUUUCUUAACCAUAUAUGUUUACUUGCAUGCUAUGAUUUGAUCAAUUUAUCUGUCUUAUGACCAGAUUCAGUCCAAGAUUAAAGUUAUUUUCUGAAGUAAAGGAGAAAAUGCACCUUAUAUUUAGGAAAUCAUGAAUGUAUGGUUAACUCUGUGACCAUAUUGUCAGAUGUUGGUUUUAAUCAUGUUAAUUGCCAAUAACUUGUAAUGGAUGGGUUUCAUACAAAAUAUAUUGAUCAUCCAAACAGUUUUAUCAAUGUAUGAAAUUAAUUUUUGCAUGUAAUGCACUAAUUUGCUGUUUUAUUGCAAAGCUGAAUAUCUAAUUUAUAUUUUUCAAGAGAACAAUCAGAAAUGAUAGAAAUCACUUUCUCUGUGGUUUUUCUUUUUCAUUUUUAAAUACAGCUAGGUAACUGGUCUGGAGAUUGAUUGAAAUUAUUGAUUGAGGUAUCCAAGUCAGUUGUAUUGGUUUGCUCAUUAUGGAUAGGGGCAACAUCUUGCUGACAUGUAUCCUGAAUCACACUGUCCACUUUGCAUAUUUACCAACAUGAUUUGGUAAGAGAAGUUCAGGAAAUCAUCUUGCUAAACUUUACUUGUGCAAGUAGUUGUAGUGAGUUAAGGUGACCUUUAUUCCUAAUAUCGUAUUUAUACAGUACUUCAAAAAUCUUAUGUAUGAAACAGUUAUAACAAGCUUGGUGGAUGUAAUUCAAUGUGAAAAAAAUCUUACAAUGACAGUUCUCCUUUGUAUAAAACUGGAAAUUAAAUACCUGUACCUGUUAAAUUACUAUAAAACAGAUAAACCAUCUACUCUAAAAUCCUAUUACUGUGAUAAAUUCUCAUAUAUAUACUAUUAAAAAUUAUUAAAAGAUUAUUUAGAUAAGACUAAACUAAAAGAUUGUUUAGUUACGUGUGCAGUUUCAUGAAUUUUUGCAAUCAUUUGUUUUAUUUUGCAUCACCAGGCAAACUUAUCCAGAGAAUCAUUUAUAUGCAUUUUUACAUCAUAGUAGGACAUGAAUGAAAUUGGAAAAACAAAUAUACAGGGUUUGUUUGAAAUGAUUGCUAAAUACAAGCUUAGGAUUAAGUAUAAUGUAGUAACUUUUUACAUCUCAUAGUUUUUUUUUUUAAUACAAACUGGUAGUACUAUUGAGUAAGUUAUACAUAUGAAAUUAUUUAAUAUGCAGUCCUAAAAAAUUAGGACAUUAAGUCCAUGGCAAAAGAAAAAGAAGAUGCUGCUGAAGGUGCAUUAAUCAAGACAACACCAUGACAAGUUUUAUCGUCUACUCUGAAGAGAUUCUUUCACUUAAAGAUGUACUUAACACAAGUGUUCUCACUAAGAGAAAAAAAAUCUGCAUUAAGUUUUAUAUUGAUUAGAUAUUUUUCAUGAAGUCAUAAAAUUAUAGGCAGCUUUCCAAGUUUGUCAUCUUCUGCCCAUAUGAUAUUCAACUUUUACAGAAAGUCAACAUCAAACAGUACUUGUGAAGAAAAAAAUCAUAUUGUUUAAUGCUAGCAAAAUGAAAUGAAAGACUUCUAACAACUUUGUUUUCAAAGACUGGUAUUCUUCAUUUUUCAAAUAACAAAACUGAACUCAUCUUUUCUGUUUGCUCUGUACAAAGAUUUACCUAGAAUAUGUGAAACUAUUGUACAUUUAAGGUAAAAACUUCUAUACUAAAAGAUGCAAUAAUCCAAAACGAAAAUACUCGUGGUUUGACAUAGUUUGUGUUAGUUCUGGUCUUGAAUCACAUUUUGAUUAAAACAAAUGUAUUAUUAAUUAAAUUAAUAUAGUGUAAAAGCUACUAAACAAGGAAUUAUUAGCAGGCCACACAAAAUAUUAGAAUAUAAAUUAGAACUUAGAAAUGGAAACAAAAUUUGUAAUGUUACCUACCUACUUUUUUCUUGCCCUUUUCUCAAGCAAUGUAAAUGUAAUGUGGCAAAAUCAUGUAUACAAAUUGACAAGAGUGUUCAAAAUGAAUGUAAAGAGAGAGAGUUUGUAUGUUACAUAUUAAACUAAUGGGAAAAACUUGAAUUGUUUUUCUUACAAUGCAGUUUUUUUCCCCAUUGUACACCUCAUUUAUCUUAAAAUUCCACAGCUUUGAUGUAUAAUUUUGCUGAUUUUGAGAACUGCAUGUGUUUGCCACAAUGCUGACGGGCUUUCUUUUCUCCAAGUGUGACAGAACUGAAGUUAUUUAAAAACAAUAUACUACUAAUGCAUUUAUGGUGUUAAGAUAAACAGAUAUAAUAUUGUAAGUGACAAUAAGUAUAAUUUGAAAAAUUGAAGUGACAUAUUAAGUUCAUAAAAUACUGAAAGCAUUCCUUUUUUUUUUUCAUUUCUGUUGUGUACAGCAAAAAACGAAAAGACAGCCCAAGUAGUUUUUUCAGAAUUAACAGACAAAGUGAAAUAGGACAUGAGAUUAUGCUUUACAAAACGAAAAUAUUUUUGGGAGUCCUUUAAAAAUUUUGUUUACAGUAACAUAUACAUUAUUGUUGAGAUAACAUGAUUUUAUCUAGCAUAGUAUAUUUUUUAGAAGAAUAUUACAUGUAUAGAAUACUUUCGGGCUUUCUUUCUCAACUAAUUUUUAGCCACAACACAAUGGCUCGUGGAAUAGCUCUGAGUUUGUUUGUUUUUCAAGUCCGAACUUUUAGUUCAUAGCUCUGUCAUCUCUUGACCAAUUUGAGAUCUAAUUACAGUUUUGGACUGGAGAAGUCCAACUCUUUUGAUUGGUAUAUUUGACCUUCCCCAAGGUCUCAUAAAAUAAUUAACUCUAAUCCUCCCUAAAUGAAUUCCAAUUUGAGGGAAGGCUGGUAGAUAUCCUGAUCAGUGAUAAAAUUGAAUUAGGUUUACUCAUGCCCCAUGCUUGGUUUUGCUGUCACACAAAAAUAUAGCUAAUAAAAAGGUAAAAAACUUCUUGUAGAUUAAUUUUUUCUAA